AUGCAUCAAAACAAUGGUGCUCAACAGGCAGCACUUCAGGCCUAUGGCCGAUGCCGUUUCAAUCCGGUAAGUCGAAAAAAAGUGGAACAUAUGUUUUUUCUUUCUCCAGAAGAAGAACGGAUACGUGAAGUGUUGCGAGAAUUGAAAUCGAGGAAAGAAGGUGGUGACGUAAAGGAGGAUAUCGAGAGGAUCGAGAGAAUCCUCAGAGAUCCACUUUUUAAACAACUAUCACAUCGGAAAACUAGAAAAAAACUAGAAAAAAGUUCCAGCUGCAAAAAAACCCUCAUACGUCAUCCCUUCCAACUUCUCAGUCGUCUAGAAAAAAAAGUUCUCAUUUUUCAGCCAACAUCAUCUCAGGAAGUCUUCAAAUCAGAUAAUAGAAAUAGUGAGCUUUCAAAUUUUUUGAUUUGUGGUGAAGUCGUUCCAACGAUUUUAACGACUCAUUUCCUUCUGCACAUUUUGAAUUCAGGCGGCGCCGAGAUACGAGCCGUCGAGCUCAGCAAACGAAUCGAAAGUAGUGAGAUUCGGAAUAAUCUCAAAUCCAAUCAGAAACUUCUGUUCGUCUACGUGGAUGCUCAGAAAGUUGAUCCAGUCGUCCUAGAAACCAAAGAAAAGACAUCUCGGCUGCUGGUUGUCGGUCCAAAAGACGUCAAAAAUCGAAUAAGGGAAAAGGAGGUCUCCGUGAGAGCAAUAAAAACUCAUCGGAAGAGAAAGAAAAAAGACAAAAGAAGAAGAAGAAUGCUUCGGAAGAAGAAACUGAAGGGAAAGCGAGACUUGUCAUGGAAUUCAGAAGAAGCAGAAGACCCCCGACGUGUAGUGGUUAUCAUCUGGCAAACUUCGAAUUGGAGAUUGCGUCGUUGCCAUCGAUGCGUUUGGUGUUUGUCCAUCAACGCCGACAUCGACGACUGUCUCCGAAACGAACGGAGGAGGUGGUGGAGCUAUUGUUCCGACCACGAAACCAACCAUCUAUACACAUAUCAAUCAAUCGAUAGAAAAAUCAACAUUCGAAAGUGCGGUUCACCACUCGAUUUCUUCCAAUCAACACCUUGUCAUCGGUGUUAUUCGAGAAGCAACUCCCAUGGUGUUGUCUUUUCCGGUUACCUAGGUAUAUCCUCCCCUUUCCUUCCUGUUCUUUUUUCUUCUUCUUCUCUUUUGGGUCCCUCUGAAUACUCUACAAGUAUUCUUCAUGUGUUUUUAUCUGGCGACUGGACACAAGUCGAAGUGAUUCAUCUGGAUACAGAAACGGGAGGUCUCGGAUUCGGAAUCGUCGGCGGAACCAGCACUGGGGUCGUUGUUAAAACUAUACUGCCUGGUAGUCCGGCAGAUAAAGUGGGUUUUUUUAAACUUCUGAAUUUAAACUUGCCUUGUUUUGUUCAGGAUGGCCACCUUCAGCCCGGGGACCAUAUUUUGCAAAUAGGCAAUAUUAACACGCAUGGGAUGAGCAGUCAACAAGUGAGUUUUUUGGUUGCUACGAUUCUUCGACAUCAACAUCCAACCGUAGAUAUGAUUGUUGGACGACCGAUUGCAUAUGCAGACAAACCAGUUGACACUCCAGAGUGCUUCACAUUGGCCACGAAAGCGGCGCUUUGUGCCACGACGCUCGAGGAGGCUCUGCAGCGACAAAUGGCAACUUCGGCACCAUCUACAGCAGCAAAUCAGACACCAACUACAGUAUCCCCAUCGAUCAGUUGUAUCCCGAUUGAAGAGGAGAAAGAAGAGCCAGAGCCGACAACAUCGAAAGAGCAACCCAUCAAGAUCACCACUUAUAUUCCAGACACGAUAGAUUUGAGGAAGCCUUGUGAUUGUGCACCGAAUUAUAAUCGGAGAGACAAACGGAAAAGUAGUUGUGAUGAUGUGGAAGAUGGCGGUGGAGGUGGAGAUUGUAAAAAGACGAGGGAAGAAGAAAAGAAGAAAGAGGAUGAAGAAGUAGAUACACAGAAAGAAAUAGAAGAAGAUUUUAAAGAUGAACUUGGAGAAAUGAUACGAUCCCCGACAGUGGAGACAGGGCAAUCAGAUGAGAAUUCAAUAGUCACUAGUGUUAGUCGUAGCAGUAAACGGAAUAGCAAUUCGAUCACAUCGAGGAUUUCCCUCAAAUCGUUGCAAGAGAUGGCGCUCACAGUAUUUCUCCGAGAGAAUUGGGAGUCAACGAAAUUCGAGCUCAUCGACGUGGCGCUUCACAGGGAUCCGGCUCUUGGAUUAGGGAUUACUGUAGCUGGUUAUGUUCACAAAAAAGAAGAAAUCGGUGGCAUUUUUGUCAAGUCAUUGGUUCCACGCUCGGCAGCUUCAUCCAGUGGAGUCAUUAGAGUGCACGACUUGAUUUUGGAGGUCAACGGAACAUCCUUGGAGCAUAUGUCACACGCUGACAGUGUCCGAACUUUGGUCAAAUCGGGAGAUCAAGUGUCUCUAAAACUAGUUCGAUUCCCACAAAAUUCUCCGCAAGCACAAUGUCUAAAAAUGCUGCAACAACAGGAGACAGAAACUCAAGUGAUCGACGUCAAAUUGUCGAAUCCAGAUUUAGUCAAGGAAUGGAAAAGUCGAAUAGGAGAUGAUAUCGAAAUUGUGGCGGCUGUAGUCAAACCGGAUAGGCAAUCAGUUGAUGGUGGACUUGGAAUAUCACUAGAGGGUACUGUAGAUGUGCUCAAUGGAGCGCAGUUGUGUCCACAUCACUAUAUCGAAUCGAUUCGACAAAGCGGACCUGUAGCAAAGACUGGGUUGUUACAUGCAGGAGAUGAGUUGCUUCAAGUCAACCAUUCUCCGUUGUAUGGGGAAUCUCAUGUCACUGUUAGACAAGCGUUGACAAGAGCUGUUCAUUCUGGAGCUCCGGUUACGUUGAUCGUUGCUAGAAGAUCUCAACAUCUUCACGUCUUCGAACCAACAGCCAAUGAGAAACAACUUCCUCUCUCAUUCCCAUUCCUCGCCGCCAAUCAAGAAACCGUAGUCAAAGCGAAAUCAGAUCUGGAUUUGACAUCAACUCGUGCAGAAACUACUCACCUCCUUCAGAGAGUCUCCAGAAGAUUACGAUCGAAAUCGUUAGAGAAUUUCCAUGGUUUGGCAGUUUGGAAUUGUGUUCCACUGGUUAUAUAUUUAUGCAAAGAUUCACGAGGUCUAGGAUUUUCAAUUGUGGAUUAUAAGGAUCCAACACAUCAAGAUGAAAGCGUCAUCGUUGUGCAAUCGCUUGUUCCGGGAGGAGUUGCUCAGGCAGACGGACGGAUAGUUCCUGGUGAUCGAUUGUUGUUUGUGAACAAUCACGAUUUGUCGAAUAGCAGUCUCGAAAGAGCCGUUGCCGUUCUGAAAGCUGCUCGAAUGGGACCUGUCCGUCUAGGAAUCGCGAAACCAAUCCCAGUGGAUCAGUCACAAUUCACUUCUCACUCGCCACUUUGCUCCAGAAGCGAACGAUUAUUGGCGAGAGGCAGGAGCCCAAGAGGACGAAGGAGAUAUACAUCCGGCACAACAUCAAGUCAAGAAACUGUGUGGAUCGGAACCGCUGAACAAUAUAGAAAACUUCAUCCUCAAGUUAGUUGUUCAGUUUUUAAAAAAAAUUAUUGUCAAAUUUACUUUCUCCAAAUGGCCAAAAAACUUUUCGCUGUGCUUCUCUUUCGCUUAUUAUUUCCUUUUUUUCAGUAUUUUUAUAUCAACCUAUUUGAUAGCCCAAAACGAAUCUACAAAUCAGAAGAAUCCGAGUGGAGACUUCGAGGCUAUUAUCCAUCGAGAAGUCCAUCUGCAGCACGAAGUGAACGGAGUAUCGAAGGAGUAUGUUUCUUCUUCUUUUUCCUUACUUCUACUACUAAAAUCUCCCCGAUUUCCGCCUGUUACUUCUAUUCUUUCGCUGCUUAUCACUUCACUGAACAAGCACAUAAAUCCACAAAUCCACAUUCAGAGUUCUCGAUGACAUCUUGGUCUCCGUGUUCGACACGAUCUGUUUCACCAUGCGGAUCGCCGAUUUCAUUGAGAGGAUCCUGGGCGUAUGACGUCGUCUUUCUUCCAACACAUCUUGAAAGAACUGUCAAACUUCAAAAAGGAGCACUUCCAUUAGGAAUAGUUUUAGAUGGUGAUAAAGACAAGGGUGUAAACGGGUGUGUUGUGAAAAGUAUCUGCGGAAAGAAGGCGGUAGCAUUGGAUGGAAGGAUUCAGGUGAACAGCUUCAAAAGUUGUUUUAUGGAAAUCGUUCAUUUGCAGGUCGGCGACUUCAUCACCAAGAUUAAUACGGAAUCGUUGCGGAAUGUGACAAAUUCACAAGCAAGAGCAAUUCUGAAGCGGACGAAUCUAGUGGGAACCUUUUGCAAUGUCACAUACAUCACAUCAGCGGAUGCGAAAACUUGGAAAGAGAGGUUUCAACGGCCUUCCGAGUCGUCCUCUCCGAUUAUUAAUCGACUUUCGCCAAAAGUAUUCCCUAAAUUCUAUCGGAGUCCAUUUAUGCAAAGGCAGGAGAGUCAGUCGAAGACCGAAAUGACUGACGAUGAGACGGAAGCUCCCUCGAUUAUGACUGAUUCGAUGUCAGAAGUUGGGCAGUUGAAGCAUUUGGACGUCGCUGAAAGUAGCGGAACAACGACGAGAACAGAACAAGAAGUUCGGAAUCGAAUGAGUCGUUUAAUUGAUGGAGUGGAAGUAGAUGAUUUUGUCAACUUGAUCAUCAAAGAGGCCAUUGCUGAUGCAUCCAUUGAACUGAGUGUGUUGCACAAAACAAAGGAUUGGAGCAGCACAGCGAACCACAAGAGAGAAGAAAGAUCGGAAUCUCCUCCUCUCCCACCUCCACCAGCUGAAGUUAUCUCGACUUUACCAAAAAGUCCCGUUGCAACAGUCCAUCCGAGUCCACGAGAACCAGAAUCCCUCCUCACCAGAUCCGCGGCUUCUGCUGAAUACCAUCAGGGUCAAAGAACAUCUCAACUUCACAUCUUAUCUACAGAAGAGGAGGUUCGACAGGCAACCGACGAGACCACGUCAUCUCCUUCGUCGCCGGAAAAUAAAUCUCAAGUGCCACCAUCGAUUUCUCCGAGUGGCAUCAAAUUAGCAGGUGAAGUUGUAACAACAGAGUCUUCUGAGGAGAGAAGGCCAGAAGAAAAGAAAGUAGAAGAAGGCGUUGUGGUGGUGAAAGAAGUAGCAGAGGAUGUGGCAGAAGCAGAAGCAGCAACCACGUCGACGCCAACAGAAGCAAUAGGAAAAGAAAACGAAUCGACGACGACCUCAAUUAGUCAGCAGUCGGUUGCUCUACAGACACAAGUUCUCAACAACACCAGUGAACCGAAUAUGUCUCGGGUCACUUCAAGAACACCAUCUACCGGAUCUGAGAGUUAUCAGAAUCAGGUGAGAGCCCGCCAAUUAACUCGAGCAAAAUAUUGGGGAGAAGCCAGAACAGUCGUUUUGGUCCGAGAACCCAACAAGUCUUUUGGUAUUUCUAUCGUUGGUGGACGCGUGGAAGUAUCCCAAAAGGGAGGAUUACCAGGAACUGGAAAUACUGUAUGUGGUAUAUUCAUCAAAAGUGUCCUUCCGAAUAGUCCAGCUGGAAGAAGUGGACAGAUGAAUAUGGGAGAUCGAGUUAUUAGUGUGAACGACGUGGAUUUGAAAGAUGCUACUCAUGAACAGGCAGUGAAUGCAAUCAAAAAUGCUUCUAAUCCCGUUCGUUUCGUUCUUCAAUCACUCCAUACAAAUCAACAAAAUAUGAUAAACUCUGCAUCGAAUUCUACCGUUGGAUCUGUCAGAUUUGAAAACUCAAAACCAGAGGAGAACAAUGAACAACCACCAACUACUCUGAUCACUCCACUGAAACCAACGAUGGCUGGCUCACCAUCAAAACAGGUGACCUCGUUUCCACCUCCAUCCAUCUCAACAUCUACUACAACUUCAAUGGAAUCUGAAAGCCAAAAGGAAGAGUGUUCGUCUCCUGAAAUUCAAAGAGAGAAUACUGUAAAACGGAAGAGUACAGAUCAGACAGCGGAUAAGGUUGAGCAAACAGUGGAGGAAAAGAAAGAACUUGAGAUUCAGAAAGAAGAGAAAAAGGAAGAAGAAAAAGAAACGAAGAAGGAAGCAACACCUCCACCUAAAAAGGUUUCAGUCAAGGAAAAAAGUUUGGAAAGAGAUAGAGAACGUCAGAUGUCUGUUGAAAGUAAGAAAAGUGUGAAAAGUGUCAAAAAGAAGGAUUCAAUCAAAAAAUCUCCAUCCAAUGAAACAGCUCCACUCAUCGUAUCAGAUGUGAGCAGUUCUGAAACUCACGACGACGAACCACAAACGAUGUCUCCAUCGACGUCUUUCGAUACAAGUGGAAAGUUGGCUGAAACGAUGCGAUCUAUGGGAAUCGAUGAGGAUUCGGCUGCAUUUCAAAUUAAAAGUGAUGGAGAGGAACCAUCGAAUUUUCAUUAUACACCUGGAAAAAUUGAAAGGAAAUACGAUUCGGAAGGUGGUGAACUCGUUCUGGUGGCGUGUGAGAGACCGGAAGGAGGUCUUGGCAUAUCGUUGGCUGGAAAUAAAGAUCGUGAAAAACAGAACGUCUUCGUUGUGAAUGUCAGACCUUCCUGUCCGCUAGCCAUCCGCCCAGGAGAUGAACUUCUUGAAAUCAACGGACGUCUUCUCAACAAAAUUUCUCAUGUCGCCGCGUCGGCAGUAGUCAGAGAGUGCUGUGAUCAACAUCAGAACAUAGAAAUAGUGUUGAGAAGAAGGAAUGGUGCAUUGAACGAAUGCGCAGUACGGAGUGACACCGUCACCAGCAGUCAAUCUCUUCCAUCACCUCCGAUCUCUCCGACGCCAACGGCUUCCUCUGAAUCACCUCUGCCUACCCGUGUAUUCAAAUAUCGUCGUUGCGUGUGUAGUCGUCGUCGUCGUCUUCAGUGGCGACGUCGCAGUCCGCGAAGCUUAAACAAGGCGCAGAGCUGCUCCGUUUGUCUGUACUCUCCGUUUAAUCCGAACUAUCUCUUGUAUUCUUGCCACACACCAUUAGCCAGAUUUACUCAACCUAGAAUGGAAAAAAAAAGAAAGUCAACGACUGCACAAAUGCCACCAACUACGGAAGGCAUUGAAAAUGCGGCUCCAAAUCAAGAAGAAUGCAGUUCAACGUUUCAUUUUAUUUCAGAAUUAAGCCGGAAGAAGUCAUUUUCAAUAGAACGAACGCAAGCCAUCGAAAACGCACGAGAAACAAUGAUUGAGAUCGACAAGGAUGGUAAAGGAUUGGGUCUUUCGAUUGUCGGUGGAGCAGAUACUGUUUUGGGUACGGUAGUCAUUCAUGAAGUUUAUUCGGAUGGAGCAGCAGCACACGAUGGACGGCUGAAACCUGGAGAUCAAGUUCUAGAAGUAAAUGGAACGUCGUUAAGAGGAGUCACACAUGAUCAGUCGAUUGCUUACCUCAGAAGAACACCUCCGAAAGUUCGGUUACUGAUUUAUCGAGAUGUGAAUCUGCAGUUAUCGUUACUUGAUCCAACACAAAUCUAUAAUAUAUUUGAAAUAGAUUUAGUGAAGAAAACUGGAAGAGGUCUUGGAAUAUCAAUAGUUGGAAGAAAAAAUGAACCGGGUGUCUAUGUCAGUGAAAUCGUGAAAGGGGGAUUGGCAGAAUCAGAUGGACGACUGAUGACUGGAGAUCAAAUUCUGGAAGUAAAUGGAAAAGAUGUCAGAGGAUGUAUGCAAGAAGAUGUGGCCGCUAUGUUGAAGACGAUCACUGGAAAAGUUCAUUUGAAGCUCGGCCGAUGGAAGAUCACAGAAACAGCGAACCGAGUGCACGCUGCAACGCAAGCAUUGGCAAAAUCGGCGACGACUCCAAGGGUUGGUAGAAAGACAAAUGAGAAUAAUAACGACCCCGCUAGACCGGUGGCUCUCACCACAACCACCUCUCCAUUAGCCGCUUCAACUCCAAGUACGUCAGCUACCACGUCAUCAAAUGCACUGCCGGAGCCUAACGUGGUAGUUGAGACAGCACCGACUCGGGAAGAAAGAACGGAUGUACCUCCACCAGCUCCACCAAUGCGUCCAAUCAUCACGCAUACCUCUCCAGAAGGAUGUGAAAUUCAGCAAGAGCCAGCUGGUCUCUCUCCGGUUACAGAAGAACCAUCAUCUGGAAAUGAUUUUGCGAGUGUCCAGGAGGAAGAACGAGAACGAGAACGACCAGUUGUAACCACAACCACAUCCAGCAGUAAUAACAACAACUCUCUGGCAAUUGACAUUAUUCAUGAUUUGAAGGAGGAAGGAAGUGACACAUUGCUAGUUGAAUUGAAAAAGCUUGUCGAUCAACAACUCGGAAUGGGAAUCGGUAAAAGAACACGAGGAAUUCUGGUCACUUCCCUUCAACCUGGAUCAGCUGCCGCCGAGAAAUUGAAAGUGGGAGACCGCAUUUUGGCAGUGAAUGCGUUGCCGGUUACAGAUCAGCUCUCCGCUGUCACAUUUGUCAAAGCUUCUGGCGAACGACUAUAUCUUCAAAUCGCUCGCCCCCACAGCAUUCCCCAACAAUAA